AUGACGGGGGCAACACCCGAUUCAGCCACCACUUACUGCCAUCGUUCAUCGGAUUACAGCCCGUCAGUGGUAGCCAGUGGACACCAUUACGAAAGCGGUUCUGGCACAUCAGCUUCUUAUUCGACUGCUCGUAGGGGACCUCAUGAAACAGUCACUCAACCCUCGGUCGGCCAUCUUCCAUCGAGAGGGGGUGCUGUGGGUCCGAGUGCUGGAGCUCCGGCUAGUACUCUGACUCAAAUUCGUGAAGGACACGCCGUGGUGCCAACCGGCACUACAACUCCACCUCUUGGUCGAGAUGAUGAGAUCAAACCUCGCAGCUUGCGUUUCACAUGGAGCAUGAAAACAACAAGCAGCCUUGCACCGGACGAAAUGAUGAGGGAAAUUCGCAAAGUUCUCGAUGCCAACAAUUGUGAUUAUGAACAACGUGAACGAUAUCUGAUUCUCUGUGUGCACGGCGACCCCAAUGCUGAUUCUCUGGUCCAAUGGGAAAUGGAGGUGUGCAAACUUCCUCGCCUAAGCCUUAAUGGGGUGCGUUUCAAGCGAAUUUCGGGCACGUCAAUCGGGUUUAAAAAUAUAGCAUCUAAGAUUGCGCAGGAGCUCAAUUUGUAG